UAUUAAAUGACGGGUUUAGCUGCAUCCAACGUUUGGCUGGAACUAUUUAAAAUUUGGACUGACUCAGUGUCACUAAGGAUAUAUGCUAUAUCAUUGAGUGCAUUUUGCGAGACAGAAAUAAAAAAUUUUAUAAAAAAAAGUAAAACCAAAUGCUUUUAAAGUUUCUUAGACUGUUAUAAAGAAGUUUUGCCACACGCUUUUCAUAAAUACGGUUAUGCAAUAGUGGAGAAGUUGAUUGCAAUAGAUUGCAACGGUAUAUAAGAGUUUUUCUUUGAAAAUGAAUAGUGCAGAGGCAGAUACACAUCAGAAUAGCCAAUCCAAAACGAAGGACACAAAUGGGCACAGUGUAGUUAGUUCCGAUGGUGAUUAUGAUCCGCAUCUACAUCGCAAUGUACAAAAUCCCACCACAACUUUGCAAACAUUUGCACAUUUCCUGAAAGCCUCUAUAGGAUCGGGUGUUUUAGCAAUGCCGAGUGCCUUCGCAAAUGCCGGCUACAUCACUGGACCCAUACUGACACUAACCAUUGGUUGCAUUGCUGUACAUUGCCUGCACAUAUUGAUAAACUCCAUGUACGAGCUGUGCAAGCGUAAACGUGUGCCAUACCUAACGUUCUCCGAGGCAAUGACGAUUGGUUUGCAUGAGGGCCCACCUAUUUUCAAAUGUGUCUUACCAAUAGCAACUCCACUCGUUGACGGUUUUCUCGCCUUCUAUCACUUUGGCGUCUGUUGUGUGUAUGUGGUAUUCAUAGCGGAGAGCAUCAAGCAGAUUGUCGAUGAGUAUCUGGUGGUUUUGGAUAUACGGCUGCAUAUGUGCUUCAUUUUAAUACCGUUAUUUUUGCUGUUCAGCAUUAGAACACUGAAAACAUUGGCGCCUUUCUCAACAUUUGCCAAUCUAUUGCUCUUCGUAGGUUUUGGCAUUGUGCUUUAUUAUAUUUUCGCAACGUUGCCGCCGAUUAGCACACGUCAACCGUUCCAGGUUGUUUCCCGUUUACCAAUUUUCUUUGGCACCGUGCUGUUUGCCAUUGAAGCCGUCGGUGUGAUUCUUGCUAUUGAAGGGAAAAUGGAGAAACCCAAGUCUUAUAUUAAGCCUUUCGGUGUAUUGAAUGUUGGCAUGGCAAUUGUGCUCAGUUUGUAUAUUCUACUGGGAUUCUUUGGUUACUGGGAGUACGGUGACGAUGCUUUGGGCAGUGUGACUUUAAAUAUACCACAGCAGGCAAUUUUAGCUCAGGUCGCGAAAAUCAUCUUCGCCAUUACCACAUGGAUUACAUAUGCAUUACAGGGUUACGUUACGGCCGAUAUCAUUUGGAAUAAAUAUCUUUCGAAGCGCACAAAAGACACCUCCAAGCAUGUGCUUUACGAGCUUCUGAUAAGGGGCGGCAUUGUUUUGCUGACGUUUUGCUUUGCUGUGGCAAUACCGGAUUUGUCGGUCUUCCUAUCGCUUGUCGGCUCAUUUUGUCUAUCUAUACUGGGUUUAAUUCUCCCCGCAUUGCUGCAGAUCUGUGUACAAUAUGGCCUGGGAUAUGGCGUUUGGAAGCUGAAAUUGGUAAAAAAUGUAUUUUUAAUUGCAUUUGGCAUAUUCGGUGGCAUCAUUGGCUCGUACGUUAGUAUCGUACAGAUUAUCGAAAGCUAUAACACGUAAAGUGGAUAACUAUAAAGCGGAAUUAUGAGGAAAUCAUUUAAUUGUUAAUUAAAUUGUAAUGUUAAGAAAUAAAGUAUU